GUUGUUGUUGCGUGAAAUUUUCCCAUGAUUAAAUUCUGUGUUCCCUUAAUUACCCAACAUUAUCGGGCAUUUCCUGGUCUUCCACCUCCACCGUGUCGGUUCAUUCUUCGAUCUGAGCUCCAAUUAUCAUCUCGCCGGAGCUUCACGUUAGCAUACAGCUGAAUUAUCAUUUCUUUAUCUUAUUUGUAAUUUCGUUAUCAUUAUCAGGUACGUUUCAAAAGUAAAAGUCGGAUCUCAUUCUUUUUCAUUAUCAUAGUUCCCGAUCUGUAGAAUAAUUUUUUUUUGAAUCGAGACCCAAUAAAGAAAAUAUGAAUUCAAAUUACGGGAAAUCAGGUAGUAGUUUCGAUUUUGAUCUGGGUUUGAACUCGGGUGGGUCUCGAUCUAGUCUGAACGAUCAGAAGAAUAAAACGUCGUCGUAUUCGUCAUCUUCAUCAUCCUAUACAUAUUCGUCGAAACCGAAUUCUGGAUCUUCAUGGACUCAGCCCAACAAAUCAACAUGGACUCACCAACCAGUCGGGUCAUUAUCCGGCCCGAAUUCAAUGGUCGGUGACAUAUUUGGGAAGAGUUGGGGAUCAUCUUCAGCUGCUCCUUCAAGCACUAGCAAUGUAACCUCAACUAUUGGGAUUGCUAACAAAAACCCUAAUUUGUUUGGUGAUUUGGUGAGCUCAGCAUUAGGAGGAGGAAAUAAGAGUAAUAGCAAUGUCCCUCUGAAAAGUGCUGCCCCAACUGCUAAUAAGAGCACGUUCUCGAUGGGUGGUAUGGCUGAUAAUUUGCCAAUGAGUGGCAAUUCUGUGAAAACUGGUGGUAGCUGGGGUAAUGCUGGUGGUUAUAAUGCUAAUAGUUAUAUUGGCAGUGUAAAUUUGAGUGGUGGUAAUAGUAAAAGCCCUAAUCUAGGAGGUCCGUCUUUGAAAAAUAUGGGUGGAAGUGGAGUUGGAGGAGGAAAGGGUGUCAAUAAGGACCCUUUUGGUUCGUUGGUUGAUUUUUCGUCUAAGCCUGGUCCUGAUAUGAAGUCGGUUAGUAAAGAAACUAAUAAGAAAAGUUCAGGGGAUGAUGUGUUUGGGGAUUUCCAAAAUGCUGCCAAAUCAGGUGGAUCAGGAUGUCAAUCGGACCCAUUUCCUACAAGCAAUGUUAAUGCUUCAACAGGGUCGAACUCAGGUGGCGCUUAUUCCAAAGUAGAUGAUUUUGGAUUCACUAAUACUCAGAGUCAACCCUCUGGUACUCAGUCUUCAGGUGUUGGUGAUUUUGGAUUUACUAAUACUCAGAGUCAACCAUCGGCUACUCAGUCUUCGGGUAUUGGUGAUUUUGAUUCACUGUUUUCAUCAACUAAUGCUUCAUUCGGGAGAGCUGCUGGAGGAGGGAGUGAGAACCAGCAGUUUACAGGGGGUGAUGAUUGGGGGUUUGAAUCGGAGUUUGUGGGUGCUAAUGAUAGCAGUGGGACAACUGAACUUGAAGGACUUCCACCACCACCUGCUGGUGUUAGUGCUUCCACGGCCAAGAACAAGGGAAUGGAUAAUCACAAGCAGGGACAAUAUGCUGAUGCCAUAAAAUGGUUGUCGUGGGCCGUCAUCCUUCUUGAGAAGGCUGGCGAUGGAGCUGGUGCAAUGGAGGUUCUGUCAAGUAGGGCUUCAUGUUACAAAGAAGUAGGAGAAUACAAGAAGGCUGUGGCUGACUGUACGAAGGUGCUAGAACAAGAUGGCAAGAACGUUUCCGUUCUUGUGCAGCGUGCUCUUUUGUAUGAGAGUAUGGAGAAGUACAAGCUCGGGGCGGAAGACCUUAGAACUGUUAUGAAUAUUGAUCCUGCCAAUAGGGUGGCAAGAAGUACCAUACACCGUUUGAAUAAGAUGGCUGGCUAAGAGGCUUUGUCACAUUAGCUCUGCUUAGCUUUUACUUGCAACAUGAUUUGAAAACUACUCCCCCUGCUAUACCAAUUCUGGGGAACUUUUACGUAGAAAUUCUUUCAACUUUUUCAGGUUCUUGGUUUGUUACCUAUUGUAUUUUAAUCAUACUGUUGUUUGCCACUGUGAACUGUCAUUUUAAUAUCUUGAAAAUGCUUUGUACUUGAAUCUGAAAUACAGCAUAUUAUUGUUUGAUGUGUUCUCA